GCGUGGUAGGUGUGCGAGCUAAGAUAUAGUCUGUAGCUCUGCUGUUUCCUUUCGCUUUGUUUCCUUUUGCAUAUUUGAUGGCUUUCAGGCAUUGAGGUUCCCUUUCUUCGAGAGCCGUGUAGGAUCACUGGUGUUGGACUUUCAUUUGAAAGAACUUAGCUUUCUUUCUCCUUUCUACUACUUAUUUUUUCAUCCUCUCCUCACGACGACGCUGGCAACGAUCCUCGACUUCCAUUAUAUUGGAGCCAGUCUCCCUUUGACGAAUUACUUUGCCUGGAGCCUCAUAUGAACAUCGCCCUAUCUCUUUGCUGAGAUGGCCUUGCCAUUCUUUAGGGUCGGAUUUGUACUUCUUCUCUUCGCCGUUACCUUCGCAUCUGCGCUACGAAUAACGCCCAACUCGCCAUGCACCACCGUGUGUGUCGAUGGUGGCUCCACAUCAGAUCAGUCGCUUUCAGGCACGCACGAGGGAGACAUCGUAUGCAAUGACGAAGACUACACUUCCAAGAAAGGACAGCAGUUCGAGGAAUGCCUGAAUUGCCUGCAGGGGAGCAGCUUUGGCACCGAUACCGAUAAUGAUCAAAUGUGGUUCAUCUAUAAUUUGAGAUUCGCCUCUGACUGGUGCUUUUUUGGAACCAACAACGCCGAGACAUUGAGCGGCCCUUGCAUGGUCGAAUCGACGUGUAACCCGCUUUCCAAACCACUCAGUGCAGGGAAUGAAAGUGUGGAGGCAGGAGAUAUUUUCGAUUACUGCACAGCGGACAGCUCGGGCUUUGCACACUGGAAGCCGGUCUGCUACACAUGCAUGAUGCAUAUGGUGGGCAAUAUAUAUGUGACAAACUUCCUCACUGCUCUCGAAGCUGGUUGCAACCAACACCCAUCACAAUCAUCUCUCAUCGGCCUCGAUGGCUCCGUCUUUUCUGGGUACCCUGUCAAUAUCACCUCAGCCCCUUUCAACCCCGCCAAAGAAUCUUCUACCUCCUCAAAUGGCCUUAGCACUGGUGCCAAAGCGGGCAUUACGGUUGCUUGUGUGCUUGUAGCUAUCAUCAUUGCCGCUGCCACGUUUAUCUACUGCUUCAAAUUGCGCCGUAUCCGCAAUUCCCCCAAAUUAAAUUCCCAUUACGACCACCGCUAUGGCUCGAGCGGCAUCAGCCCCCCCACGGAUGGCGCCUACUCAUAUAAAUCUGAGCCUAUUCCCGCGCCGUACUCGAACUAUAAAGCCGAGCCAGUUUCUGAAUCCUGGAAUGAUCAAAUUAUUACUCUAGACGGUGUUAACCGCAGCGCGAGCCCACCAGCCAGCGCCUACACGAAGUUUUCGAGUAUAUCAUCUGGCAGAUCAAGUUUAGUCGGGUCACCAGAACCGCUGACUCUAGCCGCUGCGCCAGUAGGCAUGCGUGCUAUCACCCCACUGCCCACACAGGCACCGGCACCACCACAGGCACCAGCAGGCCCUCCAAACCCUCUCCGCAUGAACUCCGUCAUCGCAGCCUCCCAAUAUCCCUCGGCCCCAACUCAACCUACACAAGCGCCAUACAACCCCCGCUCCUCAUUCUCAACCUACAUGCACUUCAACCGCCCCGGCCGCGCCUCCUCCAUCCUCUCCACAUCAACCACCUUCUCCCCCCCUCCGCCCCUUCCCCACCUUCCUACCCAACAGCCCCCCACAACCACAGACCCCCAUCCCCCUCCCGACCUACAACCCCCGUGA